UCAUGUCACUGUUCUUAGAAGGUCGUUUGUUUGUGAGGAGAUUUCUUAUCUGGGAUCUCUCUCUUCACUAAUUCUUUUUUUUUCUUUCUCUCUCUACAAACAAAAAACCUUCGUUUAUUUUUCUUUCUUCAUUUUGUAUGUGUCUACGAGAGAGAGAGAGAGAGAAAGAGGAGAACAAGAUCGAAAUCGACGAUCUAAGCUCCUUCAAUGUUGUUACUACAACAUCCACUUUCUUAAUUCUUGCUUUUAGUUUACCCUUUUUCUUUUUUGCUUCUUAUUAUAGUUAGAGUCAAAACACUUAAUUUUUCUAUUGUUUUUCAAUGGUAGAAGAAUCCAUGGCGGAUUCUUUAUAGCAAGUGAUAUGAGGAUGUGGCUUUGAGGGAUGGGAACCAAAGUUCAAAGUCUUCCAGGAUACUACUCAAUGAGAGAUCUUAAUGAGGAAUCCAGUAGUUGUGGUUGGCCCCUAUUUUACGGAGACAAAGCACUGGCAAAUGGCCAAUAUUAUCAUAACCAUCUUCCAAGUGCUGCUGCAGAUGUAUGUUCAGCAUAUGAUAAGGAUGUUGUGAAGCAGAUGAUGCUUGAGCAUGAGGCCAUAUUUAAGAAUCAGGUGUUUGAACUUCAUCGUUUAUACAGAAUACAAAGAGAUUUGAUGGACGAGGUAAAAAUGAAAGAGUUACAUAGGAACCAUAGAUCGGUUGGGACAUCAUUUUCCCCACGUCCUUUACCAACUCAAAUAACAUCUGAAGAUGCUAAAAAGUGGCACUUUCCUAGCUUUCCAGUAACAGGAAGUUCUGCUUGUGCUGGAGUUGGACCAUCUUUUUCAGGUGUUGAGGCCACUCAUUCUCCUUUGGCUUCUAACAAAGGAAUCAAUAAGCAAGCUGGUCUGUUUCCAUCACCAAAUGGGAGUAGUUCAAAAGAUGCUGAGGGACUGGAGUCUAGACCCUCAAAAGUGAGGAGAAAAAUGUUUGACCUUCACCUCCCUGCUGACGAGUACAUUGAUACUGAUGAAGGUGAAAAGUUUAGUGAUGAAAAUAUAAGUGGCACUACAAUUCCUGAUAGAAAUUGUAAAAAUGGGAAGGGAGAUGGUGUGAAGCUUUUUUGUGGCAAUGGUGGGAAGACUGGUAGCCAGGAAGACACUUCAAGAUCUGAGCAGCCUUUAAGGAGCAGAAAUGGAUUGGCUGAUUUAAAUGAACCUGUUCAGAUGGAAGAAACCAAUGCUUCUGCAUGUAUUCCUCAUCCAAACAAUAAUCCCUAUCAAGGGGCAACUGAAUGCUCUGAUCUAUCUGCCAAACAGAAGUCAAGGAUUUUUGGUUUUCCCGCGGAAGAUGUACUCAACUCGCAUCAUGCUACUUCAAAUAACGGAUAUUUGAAGAAUGAUGGGGGUGGAAAAGUGUGGAUUUCAUCAAAGGAUGCAGGGCAAGCUAAAAGCAGUUCGAAUUCCAUUCCUCAAAUCCUCAAACAAGAGCAAUCUUUUUUUUCUUCCCAAACAAUGCAAAAUGCACUUGGUAAAGGUCCCGAACCUACAUCUGAUUAUCUAAGUAAUAGAAGCAAGACUGGUUUGUGGAGGGAAAAGACAGUUGGUGGUUUGGAUAUCAGUGAAAGGAGUAAUGCAUACUUCACUGAUAAGCAUCAAGAGUCUGUUAUAUCAUCUCACAGUCCUAGUCUCUUUGCAAUUGCUCCUUCUUCAGAUUUUGCCAAGUCUUGGUCUCACUCAUCUUUGGAAAUGGUGAGUAGUAGUCUAAACCAGAAGUUGAUGUCUGUUCAGAUGCCACCAUCUCCAUUUCUAAAUGCAUCUGGUGUCUUGAGUAGAAGUUCCCAGUCACUUCAAAGCAAUGGGAUUUUGGGAGAUAGUUGGCCUCUGAAUAUCAAUGCCAAGCUUAAUCCAGGUUUUCUGUGUGAAACAUCUGUGCAGAAUGGGUUUAAUCCCAGGACUUCAUCUGCAUCCAAAGUACGACCGGUUAACAUCUCUUCAACUAGCUAUGACUAUCUCAACCUUAAUAAUGAUUGCAACAGGAUUGCUGAACACUUCAACAAUGGUUCAGUAAACUACAAUAAGAGUUCAAAUUUAAUUUGCAAUAACAUGACAUCUGGAAAAGAUAUUAACUUGAAUGUGCUACAUUCAAAUGGUUUAACCAAUGACAUUGUUACCCAGUCGGGUCUUGGAAGCGAACAUCGAGCACAGAAGCACGAGGAUCAGCUUCCAGUGUUGCCUUGGCUUAGAUCCAAGACCACAUGUAAGAAUGAGACACAAAAUUCUGGUAGUGGUAGAAGCUUAACUGCUGGAGAAUUGAGUCUCCAGGUUGCUUCUUUAUCUAACAAAGAUGAAACUGGGAAGGGGUCUAGUGAAAAAUCUAAGAACAAUGUAAUUUCAGGUUUGUGUUUAAAUGUUAUUGAGCCGAGUAGGAUAAAAGUAAGAGAAAGCUUUAGUAAAAAGAAAAUUCUCGGUGUUCCCAUAUUUGGUAUGCCUCUGAUUUCUGCAAAGGAGUCAUCUUCACUCACUCCUCCGUCUGUGUCAGUUCCUAAUCCAUCCGACAUAGAAUUGGUGGAAAAUAAUAGGAAAAACUGGUUACUUGAUAUUAACUUGCCUAGUGAUGCUGAUGUUUUUGAGGUUGACAUGGACAAACAAGCUGUCACUGAAGUUAUUAUUUGUAAGGAAGGACUUUCUAAAACAGAAGCCAGCUCUAGAAAUCAAAUUGACCUGAACUUGAGUAUGAGUGAGGAUGAACCAUCUCUGACAACUGUUCCAAACACCAAUGUAAAAAUGAAGGUGGUAAUAGAUCUUGAAGCUCCUGCUGUUCCUGAAACAGAGGAGGAUGCCAUUCCUGAAGAAAAACAGCUUGAAACUCCUUUAGUAUCACCACUAGGCGCACAAGUCACAGUUGAACAACCACAAGAUGAAUUUAUGAGGUAUGCAGCAGAGGCAAUUGUUUCCAUGUCAUCUCUUUGCUGCAAUCAAGUGGAUGAUGUGAUGAGCAGUUCAUCAAGGCCAAUGGUGGACCCACUGAGUUGGUUUGCGGAUGUAGCUACCUCAUGUGUAGAUGAUAUACAGAGAAAGUUAGAUAGCUCAAGGGGGGAAAAUUGUGUGGGUAAAGGGGAAUCUUCCUCCAAAGAAAUGGAUUACUUUGAGUCCAUGACAUUGCAACUAGAAGCGGUCAAGGAAGAAGACUACAUGCCCAAGCCUCUUGUUCCAGAAAACUUCAAAGUAGAAGAAACUGGAACAACUUCUUUACCUACUCGGGCACGAAAGGGGCCAGCAAGGAGAGGGAGGCAGCGAAGGGAUUUCCAAAGAGACAUCCUUCCAGGCCUUACAUCUUUAUCAAGGCAUGAAGUAACAGAAGACCUUCAGACAUUUGGCGGGCUUAUGAAAGCCACAGGUCAUGCAUGGCAUUCAGGAUUAACCAGAAGAAGCUCUUCUAGGAAUGGGUGUGGCAGGGGUAGGCGGCGGUCACAGGUUCCGCCAUCUCCCCCUCCUCCAGCGACAACCAUUGAAACUGUUACCCCACUGAUGCAGCAGCUUAACAAUGUUGAAGUGGGACUGGAGGAUAGAAGUCUAACAGGUUGGGGCAAGACAACCAGAAGGCCACGUAGACAGAGGUGCCCAGCAGGUAAUCCUCCAUCAAUUCGGUUAACCUAAUCACCGUAAGAGGCUUAAAUUUAUAGAUGAGAAUUUAUAGAGGGUAAGGAGGGCCAAUUUCUAUAUUGAUGGGACAUGUGAUGUCUAAAGCGCGGGGAUUUCUCUUUGUACAUUUCUUCAAACCCGUAUUUGGAUAUAUGCUUGAUUUUCAGUUAGUCUUCGGAUGAUACCAACUUGUAUUAUUCUUGAAUAAUGUUGCAUGAUUUAUUCUUGGUUAUCUCUUUUGAGAAUUGUUUAGAUAUGUGCAGUUUGUGCAUUCUCACUUUUUUUGGGUGAUUUUUCUAGUACACUGCUUAAUGCUAUUAGGCUGCACGCUUGAAUGAAAUGGAGCUCCUUCAAAUAGCACAA